CAGCAGCAGCAGCAGCAGCAGCAGCAGCAGCAGCAGCAUGACAAAAGCGAGACCAUGACGAGGAUGAGCGAUCACGUAUCGUGCGAGGACCUACUCGAGUUUGCCUGCGACGGUCCCAAUUCGCGUAGGACUCGAGGUCCUCGGAACGGCGAGCAGUCGGAUGAGGUCAGGAUUAUGCUGAAGGUGUUACACGAGCAGUCAACUCCCGAAUCUUGCGUGGCCGCGUUGAACGUCACGAAUUGGGAUGUUUUAGCUGCGAUUAAAUUAGAAAGACUGCAAGGAUUGUUGAAGAGGGAGAACAAUUUCGUGGGGUUGGAGGACUGUAAGGUGAUGUUAAGCCAGUGUGGUGGUGAUGUUGUAAAGGCUGCAGCCUUACUAAGAAAUACCGAGGAUACUGCUGCCGUGUAAACGUCGUUAUAAAUUUGCGCUUUCUUGUUACUACUGACUGAGAAAUAUUUUUUAGUAGUUGUGUUUUAUCCUAUUUAUUUGUAAAAAAAAAAAAGAAACAAAAA